ACUAAUGAUACUGGAAGGAGCUACGUUAAUUGUAUCCGUAUCAAACCCGAAUAUUUGAAGUAAAUCAAAGUCAUCUUUACAGAAGCGAAAAUAACAGAAUUAAUGAUAAUUAAAAAUAUUAAGCGCGAGGUAUAGGUUGACAGCAGAUCUCUUAAUCAGAAUCGUCGAAUUGAAAAAAGUUAGUGCAGAACGAAGACAAUCGCCAGACGGAAAAGGCACGACUGCAACAAGAAUGGAAGCAAUGUUACAUAUGCGAUGACGGUGCAUACAAUGAGCCAGUGCUCGAAAAGGCGACGCGAUGAUCGAAAUCGCAGCCCACAUAAGCCUAGCCCUUAAAGGUAACAUUCGGCGUCGGCAACGUAAGGUGUUUCUACUUGCACUUAUUACUCUAAAACUGCUUGACGAUAUUUGACCGAUUGGCGAGAACAGAUGUUAUCAUAUACAUCUAUACGAGUGCGUUUGUGUGUUCAAGCCUAAACCGUGCAAAAUCGAGAUAGUGCAAAAACUGCUUAGGCACGAGUUCGCCGACCGACAGUAAGUAACAAAAACGCGCGAGCCCUCUGAAAAUAGAAGAAACAGAUAAGUUGCCGAUUAAUGAAAUGAAUUUGAUCAAUACAAACGAUGACAUAAAAGGAAUUUAUGUCGAUUCUUCUCCGAUACUAGUUAGAUUCUCCGGACAGAAAUCGUAUUUGUAACAUCCGACGGUUACUAUGAAUUCUUGUGCAUGGUCUAUGGUCUCGCUAACAAACUGGCUGUAUUUCAACGAGCGAUUAACACCGCCUUAGGAAAUUUAAAAAUUACACUGUGUAUAUUUCGUAAAGGAGAGGAGGUCCUGUUAGGGAUACACAUGAGGAAGGAGAGAGAGAUUGUAGGAAGAAUACCAUAGGUCAAUCCUACAUUCUAAACGUGACGUUUUCACUUUCACAUUACCAGUAUUGUUGUGAACGAGUGGUACCAGCAAUAGUAGUAUUAUAUCAGUGAGUUUAUAAUUUUCGUAAAAAAGUAUUUUUAAUUUCAUUUUGAGAUUAUGACAAUGAUCCAGUUCAACUGGAUUUGGAAAAUUAUUAUCCAGUAUACGAUGCUUAUUCUAUACACUCAGCCUGAGAUUGUUAAUACGGAGAGGUCUAUGAAAACAAUAUUUUCAUGUUUAAACCGAACUGCUGGUUUUUAUGCAGAUAUCAAUGCUAGUUGUAAGAUAUAUCACACUUGUGAUGAAUAUGGAAAUAAAUUCACUUAUCAUUGUCCUGAGGAAACUGCUUUUCGACAAGAUGCUCUCAUAUGUGAUCAUGCUCAUCUUGUGCAAUGUCAAGGAAAUAUUAUUUCUAGUACAAAAGAAUAUAUUAAAGAAGAAAAGAACAAUAGUUCUGAUACAAAACAAUCAAUAGAUAACGAUCAAUCUCUUUUUCAUUCUUUUUACACGACACAACCAACAAACACAAGUAAUAAAGAAAGAUAUGGAUUUGUUUUUAAUUCAAGACAAAUUUUUAAGAAUUUUAAUAAGACAGAAACAACUGGAAGGGAUAUAAGCUCAUUUUAUCCAUUAAGUUAUAUUAAUUAUACUACAAAUAUUCCUAUUGAUCAUUCUAUAAAUACACAAUCUAUGCGUAUAAUAAGUCAAUAUAAUGAAAAUGGAUUAAGAAACAAUGAAAAUUUUUCUACACCAAGUCAAAGCUUCCAUGAAAAGGAUAAACUUAAUGAAAAACUAAUAAGAAUGAAUCAAAAAGGUUAUUUAUAUCAGAAAGUAAAUGAUGCUUUAUACAGUUUUCUAAAAUUACCUUCAAAUACAUUUUCUGGAAGUAAUCAAACUCAGGAGAAUAAUGUAAAAAACUAUCAAUCGACAAAGAAUCCUACUGACUUUUUAAAAUUAUCACCUAUAAAUUAUAGGAAUUACCCAUAUUUAGAAACUUUGAAAUCUAUACAAAAGAAUACAAAAAUGAUUUCUACUACAGUUCAUAGUACAACAGCAAGUAUAACACUAUCUACUACAGAAAUACCUGUGUAUGCUUUAACAUUGUCUUUAAAACCUUUAAUACCAAGCGAACUAGAAUAUGAUCCAUAUUAUCCAAAAUUCUCAACAACAACAGAACCUUAUUAUACUUCUACGCAGAACCUAAAAGAAUGGUCUACUCAAACAGUGCGGUCAACUACUCACCUUGAACUUCCAGCAGUUUUACCAGACUUAAAUUCCUUGGAUGAUAUUGUUGAUCGCAGGAAGUUACUUUACAUUCCUCGAAUUAAAUUCAAUUAAUGUAACUAUUAUUUUGACAAAUCUCUGUAACUAGAUGUAUGAAUUUUGCAAAAUUAUUUAUUUUGUUUAAUUUCAAAAUAAGUUAAAAUAAGUUAAUUAUAUAAAAAUGUUAAUAAAAUCAAACAAAAUAAAUUAUCUAUAUACCAAAA